AUGGACAAGUUCGACACAAUUUAGGGAAAACUGUUCUAUACAGUUUAUUGUAUGUACAAAUAAAAUGAGAUAACUCAUUACUAAAGAGGAAGAAUUAAAGGUAGAUAGUAAAAUUUAAUCAAUUAGAUAUGAUUGUUUAAUGGGAUCCUUUAAUUCAAGAACUCAUCAAAGAUCAGAACAGACUUAAAUAGAACCUUCUCGAAAUAGCCUGUUCUUACUCAGACAAUGAAGACUCUAAACAAACAAAAAUCACUCCUAGAAGUUUCAGUCGAUUGAAUAUUAGAAUUGGUCAAAGCAACUUUAAAUUAGCAAGUAAAUCAUAUAGUUCAUUAUCAUCCCCAUUGGAUUAAAGAAAACAAUUAUUAAUAUGA